GUGGGGUCUUGGAGACAUCUUUUACGCUGCUUUUGUCGUGCCAAUAAACUUGUUUUUUCUCAUUUACAGUAUUCAGUGUCUUUUUCUUAACCUGGUGCAGUUUAUUAAUUUCACCACUAGAUGUCGAGCUGUAGGCGGAAGUAAAACCUCUGCAGGCUGGCUUGCAUCCGUAAAGGAGAAGCCAAGAAAAUUCAACCUGAGGCUUUGUGGAGAGGUUGAGUGCCAUUGGAUGCACAAUGAAGCCGAUUUUGUCAGGGACUAGAAAGCGUCCGUCUGAGACUAAAUCAGCGGGAGCUGAAGCAGCUCUGUGUCUGCAGGACGAGCUGGUCGCAGCGAUCCACGGAGCGUUUGAAGUGGCUGUGGAGAUCGCAGUACGGGAAGUAUCAAAGCUGGUGGGGCAGGUAACGGGAGAUAUGUGUGAGGAGAUGCGACGAGAGAACGAGUCUCUCAAACAAAGACUACAGGAAGCUGAGGCUAUGCUGGAUUCAAACCAGCUUCUGAACACAACCAAACACACAAAUCCUCCUACUUGCUCCAAAUACAACGGGAAAAGCCAGAAUCCUGUGGUGGACAGUGGAGUCAGAGCUGUCACUAGAGCAGAUCAUCCGCCUCUUGACCCCCAACAUGAACACAUGAGUGAAGAAGAAGAGCAGAGACCAGCUGUUGAUGUGAAAACACAGCAAGUAGGUGGUGCAUCAGAUGCAGAGAAAAACAAUGCUCUUGAAGCGUUCACUGAAGAAGUCGGAGAGAAUACGUCUGGAGUUUGUGUGGUAAGACUAGAAAGGCUCGACUCAGCAUGCAAAGACUUGGAAGAUGAAGACUUCAACUCGCCAUCACUCCCCUGCUUAGACGACAAGUCCUCUUUAGAACCGGUUAAAAUAAAGCAGGAGACACCAGAAGAGGAGGCAGAUGGUCUGGACUGUUUUUUAGACUCCAUUAAAGUGGAAGAUUUCAGCCCUGAGUGUGUGUCAGUGGUCCAGUCCAAAAUGUUGGAGGAGUGGAAACCAGAAGGGCUGGAUAACCAGAGCCAUGACUCAGAGAGUACAGCUGCUCAAGGUGCUUCGAAUCUCACCACCUGCCUCCUACCUCCCUCAGAACGUCCAUCCCACUCCUCAGAGCCCCCCCAUGUCUUCCAGCUGGCAGAACCACCCCGCACCUUAGAAGCCCCCUCACAGGUUUAUGGAGUCCGUGUACGAACCAGCCGCAACCCUGCCAAUGUCUACGCCUGCAAGUACUGUGGUCAGAUCUUCCACCUGCCUAGCUUGCUGCGGCGGCAUUAUGGUCAGUGCCACCUGAGGCUUCAGCAGUGUUUCCAGCCACCAGUAGGAGGAGGCAAGAGGACCAAACUGCAGCUCUACCCACCGGGCUGUAGCCCCUUCCGCUGCACCGAAUGUAACCGGGAGUUCAACCGCAUGGAGAACCUCAAAACCCAUCUCCGGAUCCACACAGGAGAGAGGCCAUACAUCUGCUCAGUCUGCUCUAAGUGCUUCCGUCACUCCGGGGCAUUAACCAGGCACUUCAGAAUCCACACAGGGGAGAAGCCUUAUGUGUGUGGACAUUGUGGAAAGUCUUUUAGGAACCCUGGAGGGCUUAAAUUUCACCAACGUACACACAACAAGUAGCUAUAUAAGUGAAACUCAAAGUGUUUAUGUAAACUAACAAUAAUGGUAUUCAGCUUUUAUGCAUUGCUCAUUUAUGUUUUCAAAAUGUUUUUGAGGGAUUUGACAGACAGUUAAGUCUAGAGCUGAUAUUGAAAUGUGUCAAUAAAAUCUCAUGGAUGUUAUUUUUCAGUCCUUUAUAUAUUAUAUCAGGUAUCUAGUGUAGAUCUUAGCAAAGCAAGCACACGGACAUCACUCUAAACUUCUAGCAGAUUGUUUGAAAUAUUUAUGGAAUAAAUGUUUUGUUGAAAACUUCAA